CCUGUACAUGUGUACACGCGGUCACCGAUCUUACUGCACAAUGUAAUCCAUUGGAUUUAAUUAUAUAUAUAACUCACGUGCACUUUAUGCAUAACAAAGCUUGACACACUUUUAUGCCAACGCUUCCCAGGGACCCUUGUUUGGAUGCAUUAUAUUAUCAAGAUAUCGAUUCCUCUGAGAGCGAUUGGCAGAUAGAAAGAAAGAAGACAGAAGAUAGACAGAUGGAAUGAAUAGACGGAGCGUUCAGUUAUUUAUAUGUGGGUGUUAUGAGUCAGAGAGAGGGGAACACUCCAAGGAAAAUAAACACACCAACAACAAACGGAAUUAAGUGACCGGGAAAAUCUCGGCUGAUGAACUUCCCGGAGAAAAUAGAAGUAGCCCGGAUGUGACCAAGUUAAUCAACAGAAGGGACAGCGAUCUCUGUGUGUGGAGGAUUAGGCCGGUGUUAUCGAACUACUGCUGAUUGAACGUGUAUUGUUCGGCAACCCGGCGGAUUGUAUUAAAGGAAGAUUACGUAUAUUGGUGUGUGGAUCUAAACAGAGUGAUCUGACCAGUUCAUGAAUUUGGCGAGAAAUGGACGAGAUAGGAAUGACCGAGAAACAGGUGUGUGAUAGAGACACCCAAUGUGAUUCUAAAACUAAUGAAGACAAUGAAUCAACGGCAGAUGACAUUGCUGUGGAAAUAAACUCAUGCUCUAAACAGUGCAUUGGGUCUGAUUAUGAUGACAAGAAAAUAGAAAAUACAAACAACGAAACAACGAAAAUUUUAACAGAGACCAAGCAUCGCAGUGAAAAGUCUGACCAAGAAGACCCAAAAAUAGAAAAUUCAGAUACAGAACCGACAGAGGCUUUGACGUCCGUGUGUCGCGGUGAAAAAUCAUCCAAAGGCAAGACUUCCAAACGAAUUCGAUGUUAUCCCAAUGAGGCGGAAGUUGCUAAAGUGAUUGAAUUGUUCCAAGAGAGACUUGUUUUGACAUUUAAUCGCAAAAAGACAAAAUAUCAACGGAUCUUAUCAGAGCUCGGUGUAAACGCCAAACCCCACUGCGGAGAAGCCGACCACGAGGAUGAGGAAGACAUGGAAAUGAUCAUCGGUGAGACGUAUUCUAAAGCGCGGUGCAUUCGGAACUCCUUCCGGUUCGGUGGAAGCAUAAAUUUCAGAAGGUUUCUCAGAGGAUUACAUAAUGUUAUUCGUAGAAGGAAGGCAAUUCGAAUAACCAGGCCGUUGGAUAGUAUUCAGAAGGAAGAUUUUGACUGUGAGUUAAAAGCAGUAGCUUCGGAACUCUCCAUCGCGUAUGAAUAUCAAUUAGCAAUGCUAGCGGAUGCCGCGGAGGUGAAUGCGGUGGCAGAUCACGCAGUGCGGUGUAUGAUGAGGUACCUUAAGGACAAUGACGCGGUGUUCAAUCCAACCAACCUGCUACAGGCAGUGAUAGAGGAAAACCCCCGAUGCACUCUGAAGUAUCACAACAAAGAACUCCGAACGAGGAUUGUGAAAACGGACAACCUAGGGUUGCAGGUGGAUCAAAGAUGGCGGCUGCAUGACGUCUUAAAGCAGCCUGGCGUUCGCACCAUCGACAUGGAGUCGGGCCAAUAUCAGUACUUUGGGUGCUUCACCCCUUUUGGUUUUAGUUGCCGUCCGGAUAAAUAUGGCUUCCGCGGGCCUUUGCACAUAUGGAACGAAAAUGAGGGAAAAUACACACUAGUUCCGAACGAUAUGACAUCAUGUGAGUCGUCCAAACGACGGAAGAUCACUUACAACCCAAAGAAUAUUCAUCACAGCUAUGAGCCGACAUUAUGCUGUUGCCAUGACGACACGGGGUCAUGUGACAAAUAGACUUGCACGGUUCUGGAUUUCAAUAUUUAACUUUAAGAUGUGUUAUUUGUUUGAACUCUAGUCUUUUUUGUUGUUUUGUUUAUUUGAAAUAGAUUAAUAAAUUGUUUUUAAUGUUGAUA